AUGGGCGGGAUCAUGCGCGAGACGAUCGUGAUGCUCACUCGAAGGGCGAUCGAGCGCGUCGUCGCGCGCGCGUUCCCCGCGCGUAUCGCGCGGAAGAUGGUCAAGAGCGUCCCGAACAGCGCGGCGCGGAAGUGCCUCAGGCGCGUUCUGAUUUGA